AUGCUACAUGCGAAGAACGACCGCUAUAUUGCGUGCACACGAAUGGUUGUCCCCGAAUCGCACCAAAAUGUGUGGACAAAUUGGGGACCUCCUCUGGUGGAGAACUUUACCAAAUUCAAUGCGGCUGGAAGACAGCAGUUGGAUGUACUGAACAGAGUGACACAAGAGCUUCGUGAACUUGUCAUCAAUCAAGCCCUUAGACAAUCCUCGGUUGGCCAUAGACAUCCUGAUUCAAGAACAGGAAUCACAGAGCUCUGCCACAAUAGCUCUGCCUUUACGUCUACCAUUCUCCACCAACAAAGUCCAUCUGCAGAAUGCGAGGACGCCUUCAUUGACCGGCUGAAUGAAAAGUUGAAAAAUGGCUCGGGUGGACGAUCAAGUGGCUCUGAUAUAUUGAGAGACAUCGACGAGGAAUCUGACCUGGAUGGCGGAGGUGCUUCAAUCUAUGUCUAG